AUGUCAAAUUCUAAUCAGUCCCGGGCAGCCGAUGCACCCUAUGUAGCCUUUAAAGAUGAGGAAGAUGAUUUAGAGGAAGGCAUGUCUGAUAGCUACCCGCUACACCCUACAAAUAAUGCUAGUUCUUCGCGAAAAUCAGCAUCACAGCCCUCAUUUUUACAAGCAUUUUCAACAAGUACGCAACAAAGAUACAAGCCAUUGCCCGCUUCAUUAAUGGUUGAGGUACCUCGAGAUAAUACGGCGGAUAAUGGUACUUCUAGUCGGCCACGUUGGAAUUUUAGGCCACGUAAUCGAAAUGAAAGGCAACACAUGAGACCGGAGAUGGAUAUUCGUGAACUUACAAUGUGGAAGUGGGCUAAUGUCGAAAAUUUGGACCUGUUUUGUGAACAGGUAUAUUCAUAUUAUGUAGGCAAGGGAAAGUAUUGCAUAUUGCUUAGCCGAUUUCUAAAUAUACUGACAUUGGCUUUUGUAAUAGGAUUCUCGACCUUCCUAAUUGGUUGUAUUGAUUACUCAGGGUUGAAACCCAACACUAGACUUCCUGAUCUAGUAAUACCGCAUUGCAUUAGUCAACUAUCUGGCAUGAUGAAAUUAUUUCUUGUGCUGUUUUCCUGCUUUUUGCUACAUCGAAUUUUCCGACUAAUAUUGGAUGUGCGGCGUUUGACCGAUAUGUUUAACUUUUUCAAAUACCUUUUAAACAUUCCGGAUGAGGAUAUGCAAACAGUUACAUGGCAGAAGAUUGUCAACCAAAUAAUGAAAAUCCGGGAUAAUAAUCCUACAACAAGUCAUCAAGUCCGCCAUCUUACACAUACUCAACAGCGUCUUGAUGCCCAUAAUAUUGCGAAUCGGAUCAUGCGUCAGGAAAAUUAUCUGAUAGCCUUGAUAAAUAAGGAGUUAUUGAAUUUGUCGAUUCCGAUCCCGUUUCUCGGACGACGGCAAAUGUUAACCAAGAUUCUUGAAUGGAAUUUGAGUUUUUGCAUAUUGGAUUAUGUGUUUGAUGAAGAUGGACAAAUUUCGAACCGUUUUCUCAAGAAUGUCGAUAGAGAGGACUUAAAACAGAAAUUACGGCGUCGAUUUAUUUUCAUGGGAUACAUUAAUUUCAUAUUUGCUCCUUUUAUUGUUGUGUAUCUUCUUUUGUUCUUCUUUUUCCGAUAUUUUGAGGAAUAUUCUAAAAAUCCCAGUUCAUUGGGCUCACGUCAAUGGUCGCCAUUUGCUAAAUGGAAAUUUCGAGAAUUUAAUGAGUUGCCACAUUUAUUUCAACUGAGAUUGAAUAACAGCUAUGAACCUGCAAUGAAAUACAUUAAUCAAUUUCCUAAGGAGAAAUCUGUAUUAGUCGCGAGAUUCGUGUCCUUUAUUGCUGGAUCCUUUGCCGCAAUUUUAAUAUUGGCAACUCUAAUAGAUUCCGAAUUAUUUCUUCUCGAGAUCACACCCGAACGUACAGUGCUCUCGUAUAUUGGAAUUUUCGGGAUUAUCUUACAUAUCAGUCGUGGUAUGAUUCCAGAUGAUCAUUCAGAAUUUGAUCCAGAAAAGCUUCUAAAGGAGGUUAUCGAGUACACGCAUUAUUUACCAAAUGAGUGGAGAGGAAAUUUACAUGCGGACGAGGUCCGAAAAGGAUUUGCAGAAUUAUUUGAAAUGAAGAUAAUGUUAUUCCUUCAAGAAAUACUUGGUGUCAUUUUCACGCCUUUUAAAAUUGUUGACUUUUUCCUCCAAUUUACCGUUCAUGUGGAUGGUGUCGGGCAUGUUUGCAGUUUUGCCGUGUUUGACUUUAAGAGACAUGGAAAUGUCAAAUAUGGGGCACCAGCCGAAGUAGAGAAUGAGUAUUAUCUAUCGAAGGAAGGCAAAAUGGAAAAAAGUUUCUUGAACUUCAAGGCUAAUAAUCCGGAUUGGGAACCCACCGACCCAGCAGGAUCUGUAUAUCUCAGUCGUCUUAAUGAAUUCAAUAAUCAAAUUCACCAUGAUCGACCAAGUAGUCUGCGUACAUCGGGAAUUGAUUCAAUUUUACGUACAAGUCGUCGAACAGGUAAUGUUCACUUUGGAGCAACAACAAGCUACACGACCGCGAAUCCAUCAACUUAUGGACAUCAUCGAAAGAAUACUGGUGUUGGUGAUUCAAUAUUAAAAGAAGAUGACGUAGCUCACUCUACUGCUGUGCCGCCUCCACUUCGCAAACAAUAUCCUAAUUACAAGAGUGAAUUGGGUGAUUCAUUCUAUUUAACUGGUGAAAGUGGAAGAGGCAUAAAUAUAUCUAAUGGCGUUUCAGAUGGUUCUUCACCUCCAGAGUCCCCGGAACUUGAUCGGCCACGUCAAGCUGGUAUCUUUGGUUUAUUGAAUCAGUUUUAUGAAUUGAACACUUCGAAUAUUUGA